AUGGCUCGUCUGUUGAGUUUCCUACCUACCAUCUGCGCGUUCAUCGCCUUCAUCCUGAGCAUACUAUGUCUCUUCGCGGGAACCAAGAAGGGCUUGUUGCCCGGAGCAGAUAUACUCACGAUAUAUACACCGAUACUAGCGGCGCACAACUCCGGGAUGCAUGAUUUCUACUCGAUACAUGUCAUGUCGUACUGUGCGGGAUUUCUUGAAUUCAGCGAGAUGGACCAGCGGCAGAAUGUAACGGGAUGCUCGAACCGCACGGUCCUCUUCUCAUUUGAGCCGUCCGCGGUGAUGUUACAGGAGACGGGAAAUACCAGCUCGCUGGCGGAGCUUGGGUGGCCAGUCGCCGUGAGCGACGACUUCCAGGCGUUCAGCAUCACCAGCCAGAGCAUGGGUGUGUUCUACUGCAUUGGGCUCGGGGCGGCGGGAUUGGUGAUCCUGGCCAGGUUGUGGCUGCUCAUCAGCAAUGGGCCCCGGCAGACAAUCACCGAGGUGACCGGGUUACUUCUUAGUUUUACCAGUCUCAGCAUCGCGUCGAUUGUCGCGACCGUGAUCGCCUUCCAAUUCGUUGACCUUGUCAACUCGCAUGGCAAACAGUCCGGUGUGACAGCGAGGUACGGAAGUCAGUUUCUAGGCAUGACCUGGGCCGCCGUCGGGCUGCUGCUGAUCGGUGGCAUCACCAGUCUCCUGUUUGUACUGGUCGACCGUGCCCGGCCUCACCCGAAACCCGAAGAGGAGGAGGUCCUGGACGAACCGGAAGCCAAGAAACCGAUGCUGGAGGAGGAUUCGGACUCGGUCAGGACAAAGGUGAACGCGGACUGA